AUGACUGCGCCAAAUCAAACAAAACCCAGCGCUUUGCCCAUAGCACCCUGCUCCCAAAUUGACCCCUCUUCUCUUCGCUGGGAACAAAAGACCGUCCCCCAACCCUCUACCCUCACCCCUCCCGCUACAAGAUCACCUUCCCCCGCAGCAACAACCCCCCUGGAUAGUACUUCUCACUCAUCCUCUACCUCAUACUUCCCCCCUGCCCCCUCAUGGCAUCCCCUGGAAAACUCCUCGUUCUCCUUUAGGUUUGACUCUGACUUUGAACGGUCCCAGUCCCCUUCCUUCGCUGCGGACAACGUCCACGUCCAUGCGCGUGAAUUCGAGACUGCCUUCUGUCGCGACUUUUACUGCUGCGGUCUCCGUCUUUUGGACCUCCACGACCUCCUCCAACACUAUGAAGAAUGCCACGUCCGCUUCGAGGAAGACGACGAGGACUUCGUCGAAAACGACUCCGAGUUCUUUGAUGAGGACGGCUGGAGCGACUCCGACUCGGCGCCCUCAAGUCCAACUUCAGCUUCCCCGUCAGGAUCUGAUCUCAACAGCUCUGUCAUCGCAGAACUUGGCGCCGCAGUCAACCACCUCCAUCAGUCCUUCCCUCAUCACUAUCCUGCACAUUUACUUUCUCCACGGUCCAAUUCUACCUUGACACAGCACCCCUUUAUCCAUUCCACCCACCCACUUUACCGUCAUCCCAGCGGCAACAGUUCGGCAAGUGAUGUCGAGGCUGCAUCCCGUAAUUCGACCGCACAUGUCCUUGAAGCCUUCAACUCUAGUCUGAAUGGACCAUCCAAACGCAAAGCUGUAGUCUCAUUAGCCGAUAUAUAUGCAGAGGAUGAAAGUGAUGGCCAUGGAAGCCACUCUUCGGUCUUUUCAAAUGCCAUCCUUCGUUCAAGGCCCAAUGGUUCGACUAUUGUGUCGGACUUUUUGGGUCCCACGGCAAAGCGGCAAGCCGUGGAGUCGAACCAGCGAUCGGGCGCUUCUUCUAUCUACUCUGAUAUGCAUUCGGCUCAGGCAUUGGAGAAGAACCAUGGCGGAUUUGGGCCUUACCCGUUCCAUACCGUUAACACGACGACCAGUGCAUCGAUGACAGUACAUCCCGACCCAGCAUCGCUCAACCCUUCAGUCUAUCCAGCCGCGAAUGGACGUAUGGGUCCCAUUGGACCUUUGACGACGACACGACCCUUGGCCAUAAAUUCGACCAACUCGCCCUAUGUCACCGCUACAGUGGACUUGAUGCGGCAACGUGACGAGGUGUUUAGCCUCAUGGAGGAUCUAACACGGACCGGCAACACCAAUACAAGCGACAAGCCGUACCGAUGCUCCGUUCUUGGAUGUGACAAGGCUUACAAGAAUCCCAACGGACUCAAGUACCACAAUCUGCAUGGACACUGUUCGACUAGCGGGAUGGGCGAGACGGAUUCUCCAGAGACCAAGCCCUAUGUGUGUACUUUUCUCGAGUGCGGCAAACGGUACAAGAACCUGAACGGGCUCAAGUACCACAUCGAACAUUCCCACCCCAAUCUGACUGCCGCCCUACGAGCUCACCAGUCCGGACUGAUCAACCCCCACAUAUUCGGACCUUACCCAAGCCAAGCGGCCAUGACCAUAGCGGCUGCUCUUCAGGCUGUCAACUCGAGUCCUAUGAUGAUGGCUGCGGCGAAUGCCAUCAUGACUGCCCAGGCCGCCAAUGCCGCCAAUGCGGCGAACGCUGCUGCUGCCGCCGCUGCAGUUGGAGUGCCUCAUGGGGAAUAUGACACUGGGUCGGUCAGUGGAGGAUUGCUGCAGCCGACAGGUGCUCAAGGAGUUGACACCGGGACGGUCUCUGGAGUAGGUCCUGCACAAGCGACUCGACCUGCGCCCUUCAACCCCAUGUCGACUCUUGGAGGGGCCGAUGCCAAUGUUGUUACCGCGACUGUUUGCAAGCCUGAGCCGUCGCCUACAUCUGUUAGCAUGUUUGGGAUUUCGGCCAUUCCCAACAGUAUGUUUUCGAUGGCACCAUCUGUAGUGCCCGUGACUAUCAAAGCUGACCCUUACGAUGAGGUCUAG